GGACAAGACAACGGAUCCGCCCCGUGAACAACAGGCCAUGCAGGAUGGCUCUUAGUGCCGAGUGGGUGUUUCCCAGGAAGUCUGUUGCAUAUCCACUCAGCAGCAGGCCCUUUUUCCCAACCCAAGGAGGAGGCGGAAAGAGCCUGCGCAGGCUGACGCCCGCUGCGAGUCUUCUAAUAGCUGCCUCAUCACGUGCAGCUCUGCGUGGCCUUCGGCGGCCAUGGAGCGUGAAAGUCCAGAGGAAGAGUCGGAAGAAUGGUAGAGAGGACUUGAUGCAACCACGGAAUGCAGAGAGUAAGUUUUGGAAGUGGAAAUGGAAAGAAGAUGGAGUUCCGAGCAUUCCUUUGACCGUUCACUAUGCAAAGGCUGAGUCAAAGAUACCCAGUGACGUUGCAGUCGUGUUGCUGCAUGGCUUUGGCGUAGCUUCCUUCCACUACGAGUCUCAAUUCCUGCCCUUGAGUGACGCCGGGUACUCGGUCUAUGCCAUCGAUCAUGUGGGUGCUGGCCUCUCGUGGCCAGAGGUCGAUAUUGCCCCUGGUGGUCCGGAGGAGUUGCGAGAACGUCCUGGAAGUCAAUGGGGAUUUGGCCCAGCAGCGGAAAAGGGCUUUGAGGAGUUGGUGAUUGGAGAGUCCUUGUGGGUGAAGCAAAUCGCCGAUUUCAUCUCGGAAUUCGUCACCGAGAGCAAGGUGAUUCUGGCGGGCAACUCCUUGGGGGGGUACUUGGCGGUUCUGGCCACGGCAUCGAUGAGCCCGGAAACGGUGGCGCGAAUUGAAGGUGUAGCACUCAUCAAUGCCACGCCCUUUUGGGGUUGGAUUCCCAAUAAGAGCAAAAAUCCAUCCCUUUAUGAGACAUUUCCAUGGAAAGGCCGGCUACCCAUCCCAGAGAAUGUGAGAAAUUUCGCCCUCAACUGGUACAACACCUUGCGCAAUCCGGAUUCCAUCGAGUGGCUGUUGAACUUUGUGACCUCGAAUCCGAGCGGUGUUGGACAUGAAUUGCCGGAACGAAUUGCCGCCAUGGCAGAUCAUCCGGCAGGAGCGGCGGCCUUUGCUCAGAUCGUUUUUACGCCACAGGCGGACUUGACUUUUGAUGAAGCCUUGGGCAAGGUUGUCGCGGACCAGAUUCCUGUCCUUCUCUUGUAUGGGCGUGAAGAUCCAUGGAUUGUUCCCUACUGGGGUGCGCGGGCGUUCAAAGUGGCGGCGACUGGGGUCGCUGAUUAUUUGCAAUUGUCGCCCAGUGGGCAUUGCCCGCACUUCGAAACUCCGGAAGCUGUGAAUGAGUGUUUGCUUCGUUGGCUUCAGGAAAGACAUCCCAUCCAAGGCCAGGCAUCAAGGGAUUUGUUGCCCAAAUCCAUUGGUGAGUCCUUCACCGUGAACGAACACGACGCCAGGGAGAUUCUCGUCACACGACGAGGUUUACCAGAGCCAUUUCGUGAGGGUGAGAUAGCUUGGGAUGAGUUGCCAGCAUGGAUCCAAUCGCUUUUUUAAUCAGUUUUUUUUGGAGGCACUGGGUGAAACAUCCCCAAAAGAAUGCCUCUUUGCAAUGAAAUUCAUCAUGCCUUAGCCAUAGUCUUAGCCAUGUAGGCCUUGCCCAAGGCGCCGGCGUUGGAACAGAUGUGCGUCAGACCAGACCAUCGAUGAAA